UACCAUGUGCCAAGUGCUCUCCUGUCUUUUGGAAAGGCUGAAAAGGAAUAUGCGUUCGGAAGUAGUGCCGAGAUAGUUGAAUCUGACAUCGACCAACCUUCCUCGCACAUUUGCGCUGCUCAUAUGCCGCAAAAGCCGCUGAAGUAAACUUUCACUGCCCUAUCCUUUUCUAUUCAUCUGUAUUUUGUCUGCUGUCUCCACCUUGGUCUAAAUGAAAAUUCAGUCAUCAUAAGGACUUUCUUGCGUAGAGGUCUAAGUGGGCUGCUCCUAACGAUCGUGGAUUCUAGAGUAUUGGAUACAUCUAGUCUCAUUUUAUCAAAAGUCUAGCAUACAACUGACAGGAGAGGAGAAGAGAAUUUCUCUUCAAGAUGACGAAAAUUCGAGAUCAAAUUACAGGCAAUCAGCCGAAGGGCCAAGCGACAUCUCUUUCUGAGCAAGCUGGCAGGGUCCCCAAAGGGAAAAAACCUCGAAUUCGGCCUGCUCGAGGGUUUCGGGAUCAGGCAUGGUUCUGGCAUGGGACAUUGCCCGGAUACUCAGGGCCAUAUAAAGUUGGAUUGAUGGACAUUGAGGUGCCCGUCGAGCAUCCGAGAUCAUUCUCGCAUAUUACCAGACACAAGCGGCACCUUCUGAAACUCGAAACUAUUCUGGUAACCAUCUACUAUCCAGCAGCUCUCGACUCUGGUUUUGGCAAAGACCCAGGAGGACACUCAAAGUGGUCCAGGGAAACGUGGCUUCCUCGACCGCGAAUAUCGACGGCAAUGGGGUACGGUAGAUUUUCUGGUUUUGGCCCGCCUCUUGUGCCUUUCAUGGCAUUGACGACUAUGCUCACCAAAAUCCCGGCAUUUCGAAAUGCCUAUCCUGCCAGGCAUUGGCCACCAAAGAAGAAGUCAUAUGCUGCGGGAUUUCAAGUCAAGAGUGAGGAUGGACCAGUGCCCGAAGGUGAAAGCGUGAACCCCACUUUUCCUGUCAUGAUAUUUAGUCAUGGUCUCGGAGGAACUCGAACGGUGUAUUCGUCUCUCUGUGGUGAGUUUGCCAGCUAUGGCUUCGUGGUGUGUGCAAUUGAACACCGGGAUGGAUCUGGUCCACGCACUUUUGUAAAUCACACUGAACGCGGGGAAUCUAGCGUCGAAGGUAUAGAAGCUCGGGCAGAGCAGCCUAUAGAGCAUAGUGGAAACGAGAGGAAGAACAAAUACGACAAGGUGGAUUAUAUAUUUCCAAAGGACAAUCCCAUCGACACAGCACCAAACAACGAAAAGGGGAUCGACGCAGAGCUACGCGAAGCUCAACUGGAAAUGCGACUGGCUGAAGUCGAGGAAGCUUACAAAAUCUUAAAGAAGCUGACUGCUGGCCAUGGUGAGCAGAUUGCCAAAGAAAACUUAAGACGAAAAGGUUUCAAAGGCUCCAGUUCACGCGGCUUAGAAGGUAUCGAUUGGUCUAGAUGGAAAGGCGUCUUCCACCUGGACCAAGUGACGAUGCUGGGACACUCCUUCGGUGCAGCGACCACUGUCAAUGUCCUUCGCAACAGAGAAAGAUUCGACUGGAUCGGACAGGGUGUUAUGUAUGACAUUUGGGGCGCUCCAAUCAAGACACAGGGAGAAAAACAUCGUCCGAUAUCAUGUCCUCUACUCGGAAUCAACAGCGAAGCUUUUAUGUACUGGCAGCAGAACAUGGAUACGGUCAUGCAUCUUACGGAGGAAGUCAAAGAGCAGGGCAUACCGGCAUGGCUAAUCACGAUACGUGGAACGGUGCACGUGUCGCAAUGCGAUUUCUCACUUCUUUAUCCUCACCUUUGCACCCUUCUUAUGAAGAUGACUGUGAACCCGAAACGCGCUGUCGACCUGAACGUGAGCGCCACGCUCGAGUUUCUCACCCUAGUUAUGAAGGAUCGUACGGCGAUAAUCACCCGGACCAUGGAAGACGAAGGUAUCCUUGAGAUACCUGAGCUUGAGCAGUUGCCAGACGUGCACAAGCCAGAGGAGAAGUGGAUUGGCGGCAGGCUGAAGAUACCACAUGAGUUUCGAGCACGUCUGGUACCAAAAUUAGAACGCUCCCUGAAAAGACAAAGGAGAAACCAUUCGGUAGCCGAUGAAGUGUGGGUGCACGUUUCGACAUCGAAGCAACAAGUCAAAUUAUAGACGGAUAAAGCUAGGCUUGAACCUUCAGAGAAUUCGCAGAUAUCUUUUCUGUCAAGAAAAUAGUAUGAUAUGCCUGAAUCAUGAUCCGCGCUGUUCAUGAGCUUUGCGGAUCGCGGGUAUUGAUCUAAGCUACUAAUACCAUCUAAAACCCAUACUCCUCGCUACUGGAAUAGUUAAAACCAUGAAACAAACUAAUCUCAGCGACAAAAAUUAUGCAAUUCUCAAGAUUUCGGUC